CCCGUAAAACAUAUUCGUUCCUCCAUCCGGCACCCUCAUUUGCGAUGUCUGAUUCCGAUUCUCCACGUUCAAGCGGUCGCCCUUCUUCGUCAGCGGUAGCAAAGCCACCUGGGGCUCAGAUUCGGCGACGCGCGGCGGGCUCGCAGGUGUCACGACCAAACUCAUCGCGUGCUGCAGGUGCAGGUGGUUCGUCAAACACCAUGCUGAAACUUUACACGGACGAUUCUCCUGGCUUGCGAGUUGAUCCCUUCAUUGUGCUCGUCUUGUCCCUCUCCUUCAUCGGCUCCAUUUUCUUCCUCCAUAUUUCCGCGAAAGUGAUUCGUGCAUUCACAAAAUGAUCGGUGUUGUCAAUAUUUUGCGUGGAGAGUGUGAGGAAGAUAACUUAUUUGGGCGUUGAACUCGAGAUCUGCAACUCAGUAUUGGCGUACGUUACUACUGUUUCCGUGUUUGUACCAAAAUCAUCGCUCUGGAGGGGCGGCUAUUCUUAUCUUAUACCACUCCUUUGCUCUU